AUGGUCUCGAGCAUGGGCAACAACACCCUGUUCAACAGAUGGCGACCCACCUACCACUUCAUCUCGCCGGCUGGCUGGAUGAACGACCCAUGUGGUAUGAUGUACGAUCCUACCACAGACACCUACCAUCUUCACUAUCAGUUCCACCCUAACCACGUCAACUGGGGCAACAUUUCAUGGGGACAUGCCAUAUCUAAGGACCUCGUGACAUGGACUGACGUUGGAGGCUGGGAGGACGAUCAGGCACAGUCUGUUGGUACAGGACCCAACCCUGACUCCAGGAACUCAUCCUACUAUGGUCUCGGUAUCUUCAGCGGUUCCGCUCAGCCAUACAACCUUACAGGUGGACAGGAUGGUACUCUCAUUGCCUUCUACACUGCAGUUCAGUACCUUCCCACCAGCUGGGCUCUUCCCUACAUCAACGGUACGGAAAAGCAGGCCAUCGUCAUUUCCAACGAUGGUGGUAAGACUUGGGAGCAGUACGAGGGCAAUCCAAUCAUCUCAGAGCAUCCUGAGGGCUGGAAUGUUACCGGCUGGCGUGACCCCUUUGUUGAGCCCUGGCCUGAGAUGGAUGCUAUUCUUGGGCAGGACGAGCCUCACUGGUACAUGGUGCUCGGUUCUGGUAUCAAGGGUGAGGGCGGCGGUGGCCGUAUCCCCCUCUACUCUGCUCCUCAGUCCAACCUGACCGACUGGACCUUCCUCGGUGCUCUCUGGGAGCCUGACAGGAACGAAACACUGGGCUCGCUGCUCGAGACUGGUACCUACGGCUUCAAUUUCGAGGUCUCCAACUUCUUCUCCCUCACUGACGAGGAUGACGAUGUUCACUACUACGUCCUUAUAGGUACCGAAGGUGGCAACCUUACGUGGCACCCUCGCGCUCAGUGGGGCCUGUGGAACGAGGGUCAGGUCACCAGACGUGAAAACGGAUCGGCUGAAUUCACUCCUGUCUCUGGUGGCGUUAUUGACUCUGGUCUUCUCUAUGCUGUUACCAGCUUUCACGACACCAAGAAUAACCGCCGAGUCCAGUGGGGCUGGGCUGCUGAAGAGAACAACGGCUUCGGUCUCCUUCAGAACGGUUACCAGGGUGCUAUGGCUCUUCCUCGCGAGAUGUACGUCAUCAAGACUCACGAUCUCGUCAACGCCGAUGGCGGCUUGACAACCAAGGGUACCACCCGUGUUGUUGAGCAUGGCAACGGUACUUUCACUGGCUACACUCUCGGCGCCCGCGCUCUGCCUGACGUUGUCGAGGCUCUUCGCGGCGAGGAGCGCACCGUCAACGCGAUUUCCAACUGGACCAGCAGCAUGCUUGUUGGUGCCGGAAGCGCUCACAUGGAGCUCGCUGUUACUCUCAGCAACUGCACUGGACCUGCUGGUGUCACCAUCGCAGCCAGCUCUGGCGGAGAGGAGUACACUCACGUUUACUACGACCCCUCGAACUACACCAUCAAUGUGGACCGCUCCCACUCGUCGACCAUCGAUGAGUACGCCAACUACACCAUGAUUGGCCACUUCUACCCCUACACCUUCUCCAACGGUACCACCGAGUCGCUGCACAUGGACGUCUUCAUCGACGGUUCGCUCGUUGAGGUCUACGUCAACGACCGCUUCUGGCUUACAACUCGCAUCUACCCUGCGCGCCUCGACAGCACCAACUUCGGUAUCUACGUUGGUGACAACUCAACCGUCCAGGUCUCCAACAUCAAGACCUGGGAGAUCACUCAGAACUCCUUCCCUGACCGCCCAAUCAACUCUAGCUCUGAGCUUGUCUUCGACACGACCGAGGAGACUAACGACUACGUCUGGUGGACCGGAGACUAG